UGUAAAGUUUCAGUCCGACUUGAGCGUCAGUUGAAUUGAGACGUGUUUAGUGCAAUAAGAAAAGUGAAAGUGGAAAUAUACAAAUAUAUGUAUGUAUUUGAUUGUAGUUCAAAAAAGGCAAAAAAGGUGAUAAAAGCCGAGCUUGACGUGCAAAUAAAAAAUAAUAAGAAUAAUAUAUUGAAAAACAAAAAAAUUGAUAUCGUUUCCAGCACAGAGUUGUUAUAGGUGUUUUUGUCAUUUGAUUACAACAACACAUUAAUAUUUAAAUUGUACAAAAAUCGAGAGAACAACUGACCGGUUCAACGGGUCACUUAUAUCACCACAACCAAACACAAGAGGCAAAAAUCCAAACUACUCCGCCAGUGAAGUCACAAUGACGCAUUUAAGUUUACAAUUUCUAGCAUUGCUCGUGAGCUGCCUACUGUGCGGUGUCUUCGCGCAGCAAACCUGUCAAAUUGGACAACAUCUCGUCGAUACCCCGCGCACCAUACGUUCCGAUUUGUAUCGCGGUCAACAAAACUUCACCUUAGCGUUGCUGCAAGCCAUCAAUAAGGCCACACCCAAUGAGAAUGUCUUCUUUUCACCCUACAGCACAUAUCAUGCGCUACUCUUGGCCUAUUUCGGCGCACGUGGCCAAACAGAGGCCGAACUGACAAAGGCGCUAUCGCUGGAGUGGGCAAAGAAUAAGAAUCACGUGCUUAAAGGUUACAAUCUGGAGCGUGGCACUCGUAUGUCGCGUUCGAAAAAUUCGCCACUGCAAUUCGCUUCAGCCGAUCGCAUUUAUUUCGAUAAGGAUGAAGUUCAAACCGAGUGCGUUAAAGAAGUAUUCCAUCAGGAACUGGUUUCGCUCGAUUUUCAAAAUAAAACCGAAGAGUGUCGCAUUGAAAUCAAUAAUUGGAUCAGUAAUGUGACAAAGAAUGAAAUACAGGACAUGUUGAAAACGGGCGAAGUCGAUGCACAAACAAAAUUGGUGCUGGCAAAUGCCGCCUACUUCAAGGGACAGUGGUCGAAUAAAUUUGAUCCGAAAGAUACCAAAAAAGAUAUCUUCUAUACAUCGGAGCGUAAACACUCAUUUGUCGAUAUGAUGCACAAGCGCGGCACCUACAAUCUAGCUUUGGACGAAAACUUGGGCGCUUAUGUGUUGGAAAUGCCAUAUGUCACCUCCAAUGACAAUGAGAAAGAAUCGGAAAUCUCAAUGGUCAUCAUUUUGCCACCCUUCCAUAAUUUGGAUGGUGUUUUGGCUAAGUUGACACCAGAUUCAUUGGACGAUGCACUGAAAGAGGGUAUGGCACGCGAGGUCGAUGUAUCACUGCCGAAAUUCGCCUUUGAACAAAACUUGGAAUUGGUGCCGAUACUACGUGGACUCGGCAUUGAUUCGCUCUUCGAAGAGGAUUGCGAUCUUGGCGAUUUCUUCACCACCAAGUUGCGCUUCGGCGAUGCUAAGCAUGUGGCUAAGAUAAAUGUGGACGAGGAGGGCAGCACUGCCGCAGCAGCCACGGUGCUAUUCAGUUUCCGCUCAGCACGCCCGCUCGAGCCAACCAAAUUCGAAUGCAAUCAUCCAUUCCUGUUCCUUAUUUACGAUUACAAUAGCAAGGCGAUAUUAUUCACCGGCAUCUAUCGCGAUCCAAUGACACAGAAGUGAACAUUCGAAAGAAUAUAAUUUUUUUUUU